GCAGUAGUUCUUUCCCUUGGUGUGGUUGGAAAUCUGUUUCUUAUCCCCAGCUGGGACGUGCACUCUGUCCAUGCCCUGGAGCAACCUUCUCCCUCUGCCUUACAGAAAAGAUGGAUCCAGAAGAUGCUGAACAGGUGGCUGCUGAAUUACAAGGCAAGAAAAUGGAUGGCUGGGAUGUUUUGCAAAUUGCAGCUGGCACUGGCUUGACGGUUUAUGUUGUGUGGGCAGGAAUUCUUAUGCCCGGUUUCCGCAAAGUGCCCUUAAAACUGCAGGUUCUGGAAGCUUACAAGCAAGGCUUCAGGCCAGCUGUUGGCUAUGAACUCAAUCCAUGGCUGUUGCGACUUUCCAGCUAUCGUGCGUGGAAAGCUGGGUGUUACGGAAAAGUUUCUUACUACAGAGAAGACCUUUGGAAGGUGAACUUAUCCGAUUGUCAGAAUGUAACUGUGUUCCUGGCACCAAGUGUG